AUGUACAUCACCAUGCUCAGAACCACUGAAUUCGUGGGUAAAACCACAUCAUCGAGGUGUAGUCUUGCUAGCAAUAUUGUCCAAAUGGAUGAUGAGAUCACAGAAAAUAGUAAACAUGUGAAAGAUGUUUUUUCUCCAGUAUUUUUAGCAUUGCUUGAUUCUCUUCUGAGUCGUUCUCAGAGAUCAAAUGUGGUAUCUUUUGAAGUCUGUUGUGUUUUUGCAAAAGAUUUUUUUGGUGGUUGGUUGUCUUCAAACGUACAAAUUCCAUGGAAGGAGGUGGAAACCAGAAUGUAUGCUCUUAAUGUGGUUGCUGAUGUAGUACUACAAGAAGGUCAAACAUUUGAUCUCUCCAUGGUUUUGCACUUGGUGACAAUUUUAUGUGACAAGGAAUCAUAUGAACCAAAAGGCUUUAUGUGCAUUGUACAUAGAUCACUUGUAGAUGUUAUUGGUUCCUAUUCAAAGUGGAUGUCUUCUUAUGUAACUAAUGACAGACCAUUACUUUUAUUUUUUGCAGCUGGUAUGUCAGAACCUUUAUGUUCGCAUGCUUGUGCAACUGCCUUUAGAAAGUUAUGUGAAGAUGCUACUGCAGUUAUGCACAGACCUUCAAGUUUAGAAAUGUUAAUGUGGAUUGGAGAGGGAUUGGAAAAGAGACACCUACCUUUAGAAGAUGAGGAAGAUGUUAUUGGUGCUGUUACUUUGAUACUUGCUCACCUUCCUAACACGGAAUUAAGGAACAGUUUGUUGCUUAAGUUGCCUUCUCCUAGCUUCGAAUCUAUUGGAAAACUUAUUGAUGGAGAUCAUGUCCUCACUUUGAGGCAACUACCAGCUGCUUAUACUCAUCUUGUCAACUCUGCAGUGAGGGGGUUUUACAGGCAGUUACCAUUCAAAGUGAAAUCAGAGAAAGAUAUGCAGAUGAGGGAGUUGUAUGAGAAGUCAGCAAAAAUGGAACACGAUCUUCAUGGAGUAGAAGCUAUGCGUGAUGAGCUUAUGCAAUUACAUGCUGAUGUUAAGGAGUUGACUUCUACACGCCAAAAACUUACUAUUCAAGUUCAGUGUAUGACUCAAGAUCUUGCUAGAGCUAUUGCUGACUUGCAGCAAGUCCCAGGACUGAAGUCAGAAAUUCAUGGGAUUAGACAAGAAUUGCAACAUGCAAGGGCUGCAAUUGAACAUGAGAAGAAGGGGCAUGCACAGAACUAUGAACAUGGUCAAGUGAUGGAGAAGAGUUUACUCUCUAUGGCUCGUGAGAUGGAAAAGCUGCGUACUGAGAUGGCUAAUGCUGAAAAACGGGCGCGUGCUGCUGCAGCUGUAGCUGCAACCAAUCAAAAUCCAGCUAACUAUUCAGGGAAUCCUUACCCUGCAACUUAUGGCAUUAGUUCCAUGAAUCAAAUGAAUCCUGUGCAGCCUGUUGCAGAAGGUUACCCUCAAUAUGGGCCUGGGCCUGGAUCUUGGGGAUCAUAUGAUAUGCAAAGGGCUCAAGGACACAAAUAG